UUUCGCGAACAUGGACACAAGACAACAAAAAUAAAUUUGUGGACAACAAGCCUGCGAAUGAUGGCGGCGUCGCUGCUACGCCGGGACAAGAAAGCUGCUGCCGCCUAUCUGAAGGCAGACUUAAACCGGUCUGACAACACCUCCGGUCUCCGACAACUUCAGGAUCUGCUGGAUGUCGUGCUAAAUCCCGAAAAACCGGCGACGGACACGGAGGCGUUGGACUGGUGUAAAUGUCUAAUCGCAGGAGGCGAAGGUUUCGAGGAGUUCUGCAAAACGGUCCGGUCUUAUGACAACGCCACCCUGUGCGGCUUGGUGUGGACGGCUAAUUUUGUGGCAUAUCGAUGCCGGACGUGUGGCAUCUCCCCUUGCAUGUCACUGUGCGCGGAGUGUUUCAAUAACGGAGACCAUACGAGCCAUGACUUCAACAUGUUCCGGAGCCAGGCUGGCGGGGCCUGCGACUGUGGAGACAGUAAUGUCAUGCGAGAGACUGGGUUUUGCAGACGACAUCGGUUGAGAACAGGAGAGAACAUCCCGUCAAUACCUCGAGAUCUUCUCUUGAUGUCUGAGUUGGUUCUUCCUCGCUUUAUCCUGUGUGUCAUACAGUAUCUGAGGGAUGGAUACACAGAACCAGACACCUCAGCUGAGAGAGAUCUACAAAAAGUUUUACAGCAGCUGGAGCCUCAAAUCUCCUUCCUGGAGGAGCUCACUAAAAUGGGCGGAGCCAUGCGCACUAUACUGACAAAAAUCCUGACCAAUCAGCAAGCGUUCAAGGAGCUGAGCAUGGGCCAAGAGGAGAAUAUGUUUGCGAAAAACAACUAUGAAAAGUAUUUGUCUGCGUUGAAGAAUUCUGGUCUGGUGUCCAUGGAGGAAAAAGCCCAAAGUGUUGCCAGUGACAGCCCUGUUGGUGCCGAAGGAGGUGCUGAUGUUCUGCUGGGAUCCACAGCACCAGGAAGCCCAGAUGAGGCGAGCAAAGAGGAGGACCAAGAUGCAGGGCAGAGUGUUGGACAGAGAAAGCGGGUCAAGCUGAGUAGCAGUACAAAAGACCUGUGUAUUAUUGAGUCAUUGAAGCAUAAAUGUUUUUUGGAGGAGCUCCUCUUUUGGACAAUAAAAUACGAGUUUCCUCAGAAGAUGGUCACCUUCCUACUCAACAUGUUGCCAGAUCAAGAUUACAAGAUCACUUUUACAAAAACAUUUGUUCAGCAUUAUGCAUUCAUCAUGAAAACCCUGAUGAAAAGCCACGAGUCGGACACCAUGUCCAACCGCAUUGUGCAUAUCAGCGUGCAGCUGUUCAGCAACGAGGAGCUGGCUCGUCACGUGACGGAGGAGUGUCAGCUGCUAGACAUUAUGGUCACUGUCCUCCUUUACAUGAUGGAGAGUUGCCUUAUUAAAAGUGAACUUCAGGAUGAAGAAAACAGUCGCCAUGUGGUGGUGAACUGCAGUGAGGCUCUGUUGAAGAAUAACACCUACUGGCCGUUAGUUAGCGACUUCAUCAACAUCUUGUCGCACCAAAGUGUUGCAAAAAAGUUCUUGGAAGACCAUUCCUUGUUGAUGCUGUGGAUGAGCUUUGUGUCAUUUUUCCAAGGAAUGAACCUGAAUAAGCGGGAGUUGAAUGAACACGUGGAAUUUGAGUCUCAGACCUACUAUGCAGCAUUUGCAGCUGAGCUUGAGGCCUGCGCACAACCAAUGUGGGGCCUUUUAACUCACUGCAAAGUCAGAGAGACUCAGGAGUAUACUAAAACUGUGGUCCGCUACUGUUUGGAGACUCUUCAAAUCUGGUUUGAUGCCAUUAGCUUCAGUGAUGAGCCUUCGCCAAAUCAAGUCACAUUUCAUUUGCCACUACACCGCUACUAUGCCAUGUUCCUCAGUAAGGCUGUUAAGUGCCAAGGCCUGGACCUGGACAGCCUCCUGCCUGACCAAGAGAUGCUGAUGAAGAUCAUGGUGCAUCCGUUGCAAAUUCAGGCGUGUCUGUCAGAGAUCCACAGCAACAUGUGGGUGAGGAAUGGGCUGCAGAUAAAAGGACAAGCCAUGACCUACGUGCAGUCGCACUUCUGCAACUCCAUGAUUGACCCAGACAUCUAUCUGCUGCAGGUUUGCGCAUCAAGACUUGAUCCUGACUACUUUAUCUCGAGUGUUUUUGAGAGGUUUAAAGUGGUGGAUCUUUUGACUAUGGCGUCGCAGCAUCAGAACGCCGUGCUAGACUCGGAACAGGAAAGACCAAUGCUAGAAGGGGCUCUGACCUUCUUGGUUAUACUGACAAGCCUUCGCAUUCAUUUAGGCAUGACAGACGACGAGAUCCUUCGGGCUGAGAUGGUAUCGCAGUUGUGUAUGAAUGAUCGCACUCACAGCUCACUGUUAGACCUUAUUCCUGAGAAUCCCAACCCAAAGAGUGGUAUCGUACCAGGGAGCUGCAGCUUCGAGGAGGUCCUGUCUGCGGUAGCUGAUUUCAAAGCACCCGUGUUUGAGCCGGGAGGCUCCAUGCAGCAGGGCAUGUACACCCCCAAAGCCGAGGUGUGGGAGAAGGAGUUCGAUCCAAUCAUGGUUGUUCUCAGAACGGUGUAUCGGCGUGAUGUGCAGUCGGCAAUGGACAGAUACUCGGCAUUCUUGAAGCAGUCUGGAAUUCACACCGGUAACCCGUGGCCGCCUUACAAGGAGAGGACUCCCCUUCACCCUUGCUACAAAGGUCUCAUCAAGCUGUUGCACUGCAAGACCCUGCACAUUGUGAUUUUCACUCUCCUUUACAAGAUAUGGAUGGAUCAUCAGAAUAUGUCAGAACAUGUGCUGUGCAUGGUGCUCUACCUCAUCGAGCUGGGCUUGGACAACCAGGUUCAAGACAGCAAAGAAGACGAGGAGCCGUGCAUCGAGGAGCACUGCCACGACAGUUGGUUCCCCGGUACAAACCUCAUCUCCAAUCUGCACCACGUCAUCAACUUUGUGAGAGUUCGAGUUCCUGAGACGGCACCCGAAGUGAAGCGAGAGGCGCCGCCCAGCACCAGCUCGGAGGAGUCGUCCUACGGCCAGAACCUGCGUGAAGCCCAAGUGUUUAGCCUGGUAGCAGAGCGCAGGAGGAAGUUCCAAGAGAUAAUCAACCGCAGCAGCUCGGAGGCCAACCAAGUAGUCAGGCCCAAGAGCUCAUCGACACGCUGGGUGCCACCGGGUACGCCCCCGCAGCUGGUGACGGAGAUCCUGGAGAUAAGAGAAAGCAUGCUGUCCCUCCUUGUCAAGCUGCACCAGAAGCUGUCGUCCAAGCAGAACUCUCUGUCGGCGUCCUGGCUGGACAACAUGGACACGAGCCGCCACGCUCACGGGGACGGCAUCACCGCCAUCGAGCGUAUCCUCGCCAAGGCGGCCACGCGCAGCUGCCAAAUCAAGCGCAGCAUCCAGGACAUUUGCGGAAAGGUGUCUCCUCCUGUGCCACCGAAGAAGAACAGUCCGACAGACAAGAAAGCCAUGGAUAAAGAAGAAAGACGCCAGAGGGCCAGAGAGAGGCAACAGAAACUGCUUGCUGAAUUUGCCUCCAGACAGAAGAGUUUUAUGGAAACGGCCAUGGAUGUUGAAUCUCCAGAAACGGAGGCAGCCAUGGACCUGGGAGCGUCAGAGAUGAUGGAGUCAGAGGUUCUUUACGACUGUGUGAUCUGUGGACAGAGCGGACCCUCCACCGAGGACAGACCCACCGGCCUAGUUGUUCUCCUACAGGCUUCCUCGGUGCUUGGACAUCGCUGCAAGAGCGAAGAGGCUAAGAAGCUCCCAACCUGUGACGAAGAGCACAUUUACUCUGCAGACACAUGCGCAGUGGCUCAUGACGUCCGGCUCACCCUUUUGCAACGUUUCUUCAAAGAUAGCUCUUGCCUGCAGUCUGUGUCAAUAGGUUGGGACGGGGGCGUCUACGUGCAGACCUGUGGACACACAUUGCAUAUAGAUUGCCACAAGUCGUACAUGGAGUCUCUGAGGAAUGACCAGGUUCUGCAGGGGUUCUCUGUUGACAAGGGCGAGUUUACCUGCCCGCUGUGUCGACAGUUUGCCAACAGUGUACUCCCCUGUCGCCCCGGCCGGGGCUCUGAGGCCGGAGCCUGGCACACUCCCACAAACAAAAAGACCAGUGUGCUUAUAAAGGAAGUGGGAGACCUUCAGGAGAACCUUGGCCUUUUCCCAACGGAGUCCAACUUGAGUAAAGAGAUGGAGUUGGUCAUCAAAGACAUCAAGAACACCACCCAGAAGAAAUACAUGGAUUACGGCAAGAACCCUGGAUCCCCUGAUAAUGACUUCCUCUUCAUGUACUCGGUGGCAAGGACCAACCUGGAAUUAGAGCUUGUGCAUCGUGGAGGCAACCUGUGCUGCGGCGGUGCCAGUGCAGCUGCCAAGCGCUCAUGUCUUAACCAGCUGUUCCAUGUGUUGGCCAUGCACAUGCGUCUGUACAGCAUCGAUUCCGCCUACAACCCGUGGACCAGGCUGACUCAACUCACACCAAGCAAAGAGGCAGACAGUUUUGAUGAAGAGAGACCUGAGGUGCCCAUGUUGUUUCGAGAUGUCCCUUCCUUGCUGAUCAUCUUUGUGCUGACCAUGCCUCAGCCUCUGCGAAAAGAGCACUUUACCUGCGUGGUGAAAAUGCUGUACAACCUGCAGUUCAUCCAGGCUCUGGCUGCACUCUCAACCAAGCUGAGCCCAGACGAAAGGCAGGCCUGGAGCUCGUCCGGUGCGAUCAAAAAGGCUGCUGCAAAUGCAGAUAUGUCUUUUGAAGCGCUGCUUAGUCACGUGAUCAGCGAAUUCUCUAAGAGCAACAGCAUCUAUGCAGAGGACACAGAAGACACAAUGCUGAGCUCCAGCGUGUGGUCCCCACAGUCUAUCCACUUCAGCCUGCAGCAGUACUGCCUGCCCUUCCUCCGCCUCUCCUGCCUCCUGCAGCAUCAUCUCUAUGGAGACAACCUCACCAGCUGCUUGGAGGAAGACGAGUUCUCGUCCUUGGCCGUGUGCUUGGGACUCGUACCCGCGGCCUCUUUGGCUGCCAACGCUGUGAACAGUGCCUCUUGUCUGGAGUGGGCGGUCAGCGCUUUCCCCUUGGUCACACAGUGGUGUGCUGAGGUCAACGCGCUCUCUCAGGUGCAGGCUGAGCAAUCGCUGACCUUGCUGGUCCAGGAUCCGCAGUGGGCGGCGCCCCGCCUCCUCCAGCUGCCUGCCAACUACAACAUCAUCUUCCAGUACUACCACAGGAAGGCCUGCACUGCCUGCAAAAAGGUGCCAAAGGACCCCGCGCUCUGCCUUGUCUGUGGCGCCUUCGUGUGUCUCAAGGGGGUUUGCUGCAAGCAGCAGGGUAUCUGUGAAUGUGUUUUGCACUCCCAACACUGUGGCGCGGCUACGGGCAUCUUUCUACUGAUUAACGCUUCAGUCAUCAUCAUCAUCCGCGGCCAUCGUUUCUGUCUGUGGGGUUCUGUUUACCUUGAUGCACACGGAGAGGAGGACCGUGAUUUACGGCGGGGCAAGCCUCUCUUCUUGUGUGAGGAGAGGUAUCGCGUGUUGGAGCAACAAUGGGUCUCACACACCUUUGAUCACAUCAAUAAGCGCUGGGGGCCUCACUAUAACGGACUCUAAAGACCCUCCGCAGUCCACUUUAAAAGUGCAAGCCGUGACAUUUGAAGGCGAUUUGUGUUUUUGUGUCGUUUUUGGCCGCUGCGUGGCGCGUGUUUGACAGAGAAGCUCCCCUGAAGGUGUCGGUGCCACGGCCUCGCUGUGCGUGAAGUUUGGUGUACAAUCAUGAGCCCUGAGACUAACACGUGUGUGCGUAUUUUAUCGCUUACUUUUCAACAGGGGGUGGGAGGGGACACACAAUUUGGACAUGUCAAAUUCAAACAAAGCACAACUUUUCUCAGAAAUGUGCUGUAGUUUGGAAGUAGGCUUUAGAUGAAGUAUUUAUUUGGGUCUCGAUAUAUAAAAAUAUAUGAUUAUCCCUGCAAUAAUGCACCAUUUAUGAUGCCGUUAAUGCAUAUCCCUUUUAAGUAUGGUUUCUCCUGACGGGUGCGGCCGCAUGACUACGUGACAUCAACACACUAUAUAGCGUUUUUUUUUUUUGCAAAAGCGCAAAACGACUUUCUUUUUGGGGUCUAGUUGCAAUCCAUCCUCAGGAAUUUUUUUUUUUUCUGUCUAAAUAAGAUUUAGAUAUUUAAUGAAAUAAAUGCUGCUGCUCUGUGGUUUUAACUUGUGUGAAGGUUGUUUUUGCGUGGAACGCCGCCAACGUUGGCUUCCAGUCACUUUUAAAAGACGCACGCCGUCACUUCUUUACGCUCACCACCAAGUUCUGCUUUGGUUUUUUUUGGGUGCAUGUGGUGAAGGUGUGAAAAUAAAAAAAUAAAAAUACAGCGGAACCUUGGUUAGCGUCAUUAAUCCAUUCCAGACUCUAACCAAAUCAGAUUUUCCCAAAAGAAAAGGGGGGGGAAAAAACACAAAACACAUUUUCAUAGAUUUUCCAUUGAUGAAAAUACAUACAUAAAACGACUCUAAAUGCAUAUAAACGAUGAAUGAAAGGGAUAAAUGAACAUUUGAGCUUACUUUUACCUUCAUUAAAGAUGUGGACACCACCUUCCUGUUGUGCUGUUUUUGUAUUUUUCAUUUGUUAUUUCUUGGAUUCAGUAGUCUCUCACCUCCAGUCUGUGCUUUUCCUUUGAUAAUGGCUGCAAAAUAACCUAAAAAAGAGCCACAGAAAGUUGCAAGUGGCAGCAUUUUGAUAAAGAAGAUAAGAAAUACUUUUGAAUUCAACAAAUAUCUCAUAGCAAAACACUAAGGUGGUGUGGUUUCUUACCUUCUUAAUCACAAUGCUGGCAUUUGAAACUUUCUUUGGCUCCAUUUUGGCUUAUUUUGCAGUCACGAGCAAAAGAAAAGAGAUUUUUGGCAAGAUCAAGAAAUAACUCAUGGCAAAACAGGAAGGUGGUGUGGUUGCUCAACUUUAUCGAAAUGCUAGCACUUACAAACUUUAUUUGGUUGCCUUUUGGCUUACUUUGCAGCUGUGAUCAAAAGAAAAGCAGAGAAUUGAGGUGAGAAACACUUGAGUUCAAGAAAUAACUAAUGGCAAAACAGGAAAGUCUGUGUUGAUCUCGAUGUUACAUUGUGUCUUUGGCAACGAUCACAUCUUCAGUAAAGGUAAAAGUAAGCUUAAAUGUUCAUUUAUCCCUUUCAUUCAUCGUUUAUAUGCUUUUGGAAUUGUUUGAUGCAUGUAAAUCUAUACAAAUGUGUUUUGUCUUAACAUUUGUGGAAUUUGAUAACUUAGUUUGCAAAGAACUAGAGCGUCCACCGCUGGCUGAUGACAUCAUAUACGCGUGACAGAGCUGACUUCCGCUUCCUGUUUCCAUGCAUUAGCAAGAUGCUAGCAGGGAUGUUUAGUGAUUAAAAAAUACAUGAAGAACACAGUUGGACUCACGCAGUGUAUUAAUAACACAAGACGCACGCCAUAUUGUGUGUUAACCGUAUAAUGCACGUAAACAAGGUGAAAUACGGGUGUUCAUUUUCAACGUUAACCGGGGUUCCACUGUGUUUAUUUUAAAAAACUGCAUUUGAGAGCAGUCUAAAAGGAAAACGUCGUCGCUGACGAGAGAAUCCAUCACUGCUUGUCUGUUCAUUCCUUCAACAAACCCCAUGGAAAUGAAUGAAAAGCAUAAAAUGUUUCUCCUGAGACGUCCAGUUUAGACGAGUACGAUGACUUUAUUGGUGCAUUCCAACGCUCCACCACUUUUUGGAUUUGACACUGUGCAUGACAUCCUUUCUAUUCUUUCAGUAAGUGUCUUAGCUUAUUUCAUUCAGUCGUGCCUGUGAGAUGUUUAGGUCGGCAAGAGGAUGCGAUAGGAGCGCCAGGAAGGAAUCUCUGGUGACGGAACGCUGGGGGUGCGUUUGGUUUAAGUUGAGACUUGAAAUGUAAAAAAAAAAAAAAAGAAGAAGAAGUGGCUGAACUCAUGCAUGCUGCUUUUAUGUUUACUGACUUUCACCCAGUCAUCACGUUUGCAGUCCCCACCUUGUAAAUGAGCGCAAAGCAAAUAGUCAAUGAGUGUAAAUUGUGAUUGGAAGCUCUUGUUUGUGUUCUCCUGUGUGAUUGAAGAGAAUACAGUACAUUACUGUAGCUGCAGAAGCUAACUUUCUGAUUUUGAGCAGAAAGUAUGACUUGGACAUUAAAUGCAACAUGUAAUAUAUGUGAAUAAAAUAUAAGCACACUG